GAUAAGCAAGAUGGAAAUUUCUUUUACGUUCGGUUAAAUUCCACACAAAAAUGUCGGGCGAAUAAUAGGAGGAAAAUCAUGUUGCAUUAUUUUGCAUAUAAUAUUAAGAAACAUAGAUACUUAAAAUCUUGCGAAUUAAUACCAGGAGGGUACGGUAAAGAAUUAUCAAAUUUGAGAUCUUAUCAAUGCCCAUCUUGUGAUGAAAUUUUUCAAAAUCAUCGUCGUAAAUUGCUCAGUUAUACAGACGAAAUUAAUUCUCACUUAGAUAAUACAGGACUAAACGAUUUUCUUAAAGUAACCAAUAAAGAUACCGAAAAUCAUGGUGAAUUAUGGGAUAACUGGAGCAACUGGAGUAAAUGUAGCGUGACCUGUGGAAAUGGACGUCAAGUUCGUUGGCGUCAUUGUUUAGCUGGGGAUUGCACAAAAGGGUUGAAGAAAGCACAAAUGAAAACUUGUCGACAAAAACAAUGCGGUUCUAAAACUUUUCUUCACUGGCUUGGCAUUAAAUCUUGAUAAUAAAUUUCAGAUAAUUUCAAGCGGUAAUAAAUCC